UUUUAAUUAUGACAUCUGUUGUCAAAAAUCAUCCCGCGGUGUUUGUUAUUUAUGUCAUUUAUUUAUAGCAAGUAAGAUAAAAAAAUAUUUAAAACUGUUUGUGGUAUAUUUAUUUGUAAUUUUAAAUUUCAUUCUUUAAUUUUAUUAAAUUAAAAAAAUCUCAUUUGCAUAAACUAUUUGAACUAUUAGGUUAGGUUUUACUUACAAUGUGUCAAAAAAGUAUUUUCGAGUUUAAAUGGAUAUAAAACUGGUUUUUAAUCGUUUAAAUUUUAAAUUCGUAAAUGUCCACCCAAGCAACUAUUUUUAAGACUUAAACAAUGAAUUGGCUCUAUGUUCUUUUAAAAUUGGCUUUAUUCGUACAAGCUUAUUCAUUUAGAUUUCAAUCUAUAUUUUCUCUGGAUACUUACACCGGUGGAGUUCGUGAUAUUGUAGAAUUUGCGAUCUGUUCUGCAAAAGAAUGUUGUUAUGAUAAUUAUAUUCCAGCAAAUUUUGAUGGUUUAGAAAAGACCCUAAAUAAAAAAGUUUAUGGUCAACAUUUAGUUCACAUAGCUGUUGAUGCUUUACGACCACACUGGAAUAAGGAUUUUAGAGCAAAAAAAGCAUUAACAUUAAGUUUUCAUGGUUGGCCAGGAGGUGGUAAAAAUUAUGUUUCAAAAUUUAUAGCUGAGAAUUUGUUUGCAAAUGGAAUAAAAAGUAGAUUUGUCCACAACUUUAUUGGCAGGCUGCAUUUUCCUAGAGAUGAUCAUAUUGAACAGUACAAGCAUGAUUUGUACAAUUGGAUAAAAGGAAACACCUCCAACUGUCCCAAGCAGCUUUUUAUAUUUGAUGAAGUGGACAAAAUGCCUGCUCAGCUGCUGAAUGCAAUAAAGCCUAUAAUUGAUUAUAAAGAUUUUGUCGAAGGAGUAGAUUAUAGACAAACAAUUUUUAUUUUUCUCUCUAAUACAGGACAAAGUUUAAUCAACGAAUUGUAUAUAAACUUUUGGGAAAAUGGCAAGAAAAGAGAAGACCUUAAACUAAAAGAUUUUGAAAAUUUAAUUAUGAAGGGAGCUUUUAAUGAACAAGGAGGAUUUCAUCAGUCAGACACAAUUAAAAGUAAUCUCAUUGAUCAUUAUAUUCCUUUUUUACCAAUGGAAAAAUCACAUGUUAUGUUAUGCAUUAAAGAUGAAUUUAUUCAAAGAGGCAUUUAUGAACCACAACAGGAUCACAUAAAUGAGAUAAUGGAAAGUAUGGACUGGGGUCCAAAAGAUCUAAAUCUGUUCUCAAAAACAGGCUGUAAAAGAGUUAGUCAAAAAGUAAGUGUAACAGUCGCAAGAUUUUACCGCAGUAAAAAAACUGAAUUGUAAUAAGCACAAACUUUUUAUUGAAGAUUAUUUUGUUGUAAUUAACUUUUAUACUUACCUAAUUGUUAAAAUUUUUUUUAUAUUAAAUCAGACU